AUGGCUCAUAUUGUGAUUGCGUACGAUGGCUUGUGGACAAUUCAAGCAUUGGAAGUCGAAAAUGCAGGCACAUCCAUGGACUGGCCAGCGGAAGACGGCGGCUGA